CGAUAUGGAUCCGCCAGUUGCGACAGCACUGACAAGAUGGUGGAUAGGACAGGAGGAAAAUGAGGAACAAAACACAGCUAAUAUGUAUAGUUGACAGGGUGUAAAUGGCCUUUUUUGGAUUUUAAGUUAGCCAAAAUGAUUACAAGAUCGGAUCGUUUCAUAUAUAUUGAAUUUGGGUUUAUGUUUGCGAGACGCAGGACCUAAUAUGUUGUUUUCUGGCUGCGGGAUGAAGGACCCGUCGGAUACAGGACAUAACGACGUGACAGCCAGUAGUCCGAUAGAUAAUCAGUGAUAUUAGAUCGUGAAUGAACUUUACGGUAAAAAAAAAAAUACAUUGAAACCGUUCACUAGUAGGGUCCAGCUAACGUUGUCAGCUAGUUAUUUGUUUUCCUGGUUGAUUUGUUGUCAUUGUGCAGCAAUUUGUUUUCCUGGUUGAUUUGUUGUCACUGUGCAGCUAUUUGUUUUCCUGGUUGAUUUGUUGUCAUUGUGCAGCUAUUUGUUUUCCUGGAUGAUUUGUUGUCAUUGUGCAGCUAUUUGUUUUCCUGGUUGAUUUGUCGUCACUGUGCAGCUAGUCAGGGGUAGAUACUAAGUAGCUUGCUAAUACCACAAGAUUUUCGUGGCCGAGUCGACAUGUUUUAACUUUGUACGGCGCUUGUUGGGGAAGGAUUCAUCGAUAAGGACGCAAGACGCAUUGAUAAGGACGCAUCGAUAAGGAAGCAAGAUGCAUCGAUAAGGACGCUCGACGCCAUCCCCCGCCGGACCGACCUGCUGCGUUGUGUAUUCUGGGGUUGUAACUAGUGACCAGCUAGUUAGCUGUUAUAGCUGGUCAGACUGUCGACAGGCGACAUGGCUCACUCUCCGGUUCAGAGUAGCCUGCCAGGGAUGCAGAACGUGAAGGCAGACCCAGAGGAGCUGUUCACUAAGUUGGAGAGGAUCGGUAAAGGCUCGUUUGGUGAGGUGUUUAAAGGAAUAGACAACAGGACUCAGAAGGUGGUGGCCAUUAAGAUCAUUGACCUGGAGGAGGCUGAGGAUGAGAUGGAGGAUAUUCAGCAGGAGAUCACUGUGUUGAGUCAGUGCGACAGCCCUUUCAUCACCAAGUACUAUGGAUCAUACCUGAAGGAGGCCAAGCUGUGGAUCAUUAUGGAGUAUCUAGGGGGAGGCUCGGCAUUAGAUCUGUUGGAGCCGGGGUUGCUGGAUGAGACUCAGAUCGCCACCAUCCUCAGAGAGAUUCUGAAGGGUCUGGAAUACCUCCACUCAGAAAAGAAGAUACACAGAGAUAUCAAAGCUGCCAACGUCCUGCUGUCGGAGCGUGGGGAGGUGAAGCUGGCAGACUUUGGGGUGGCGGGACAGCUAACAGACACCCAGCUCAAACGCAGCACCUUCGUUGGCACGCCCUUCUGGAUGGCUCCAGAGGUCAUCAAGCAGUCAGCCUACGACUGUAAGGCAGACAUCUGGUCUCUGGGUAUAACAUGUAUAGAGCUGGCUAAAGGAGAACCCCCACACUCUGAGCUACACCCGAUGAAAGUGCUGUUCCUUAUCCCAAAGAACACCCCUCCUACCCUGGAGGGGAACUACAGCAAGCCCCUCAAGGAGUUUGUGGAGGCCUGCCUAAACAAGGAGCCAAGCUUCAGGCCCACUGCCAAAGAGCUGUUGAAACACAAGCUGAUUGUGCGUCACGCCAAGAAGACGUCGUACCUGACAGAGCUGGUGGAUAGAUACAGGAGGUGGAAGGCUGAGCAGACCAGACAGCAGGCAGAGUCCAGCUCAGACGAGUCUGACUCGGAGCAGGAUGGGCAGGCGUCGGGCGGGAACAACUUUGGGAGUGAUGACUGGAUCUUCACCAUCAGAGAGAAGGAUCCUAAGAAACUGCAGAACGGGGGAGAGGGACAGGAAGUGAAGAGUGGAGACAUUUCAGGGAGGCUGUUUUCCACCAUCAUCUCUCCUUCUCUGGCUGAAUUGAAACAGCGUCAGGAGGCAGUGAAUGGGAACCCCAUGGCUCUAGAUGAACUGAGAGAAGCUAUUCUCCUAGCUGAGGAGGCCUACCCUGGGAUCUCUGACUCCCUGGUCACACAGCUGGUUAACAGACUGCAGAGAUUUUCUUCAGGCAGGAAGUCUUCGUGCUCUUCUCCCUAGUGAUUGGCUCUCUGCCCCAGCCCGCCUCUCCCAGGUCCCGCCCCCUGUCUGUGGUCCAGUCAGAGGUUAGAG